UUCGCUGGUCAAUCUGCUUAAAAAAUCAUGGGACGAUUGUGGGCACUCGGAGCUUAUUUUCUGGGCUGCGUUAUUUUGGGCGAAUCCUGCAAUUUUUAUUGUGUUUCUUUGCAAGAGUGCUCGCAACUUGCACCAGGUAAUUUUAAAUACCGAGCAAAUAAUUGCCCUAUCGAUAAAGUUUGUUGCGGAGUGCUCCGUGAGAAUGUUUAUGCGACAUCACCGAAACCAGUCAGUUGGCUUGGGGUUUAUGGAAGCCAGCAGACUCACACAAAAACCUCAGCUGACUUUUUCAAUCGAGAAGAAGUUCCUACUAAUACAAAGUGGAUCGCACCGAUUACCAGAUUCGAUAUUGGUAAUAACCGACCCCAAAAUCUGGCUAGAGAUGGUGUUCAAGACUUACCCCAUCAAGACUUACCCGAUAAUGAACAGUGCGGAAUGAGAAAUGGAAAUGGAUGGAGGGUCUCUACGAACCAAGCAUCGCCUAGUGAGUUUCCCUGGGUUGUGGCUGUGUUCGACCAUGGAAAAUAUUUGUCGGGCGGCUCUCUGAUUAGCCCAAAAGUUGUGCUUACUGGAGCUCACCGCAUAAAGUAUCUGGUCAAUCCAGAAAUUGUGGUUAGGGCUGCGGAAUGGGACAUGAACUCCAACAGAGAAGAGUUCCCCCAUGAAGAGCGCGCAGUGGAGAAGUUUGUGUAUCAUGAAAGAUUUAAUUAUCAAAACGGUGCCAACAACGUGGCUCUUCUCUUUCUGAGAUCAAGCUUCCAGUUAAACAACCAAAUCCGAACCAUAUGCUUGCCUAGAUACCAAAGCUCGUUCGUAAACCAACGUUGCAUUGUUGCCGGCUGGGGCCAGACGAACAUCUCGGAUCCAAAUUUGUCCGCCGUUCUGAAAAAAGUUGAGUUACCUAUUGUGGACGGUAGCACAUGUGAGCAACAGUUGAAGCCGACCAAACUAGGCUAUGGAUUUCAGCUUCCCCAGAGUCUGAUUUGUGCUGGAGGUGAGCCUAACCAGGACGCCUGCAUCGGCGAUGGCGGAUCUGCCCUGUUCUGCCCCGUAGAGGGCCAGAAAUACGUGCAGGCCGGUAUCGUGAGCUGGGGCAUGGGAUGCGGCCUGGAAAACGUCCCAGCAACGUACACUAAUGUGCCAUUGUUCAUAGACUGGAUUGAAGAGAAACUGCUAGAUUUCAACUAUAGAUAGUCUGGCAAUGGGCUCGGAAAAUUGGGAAAAUUCAACAAUAAAAGAUUCAUUCACUGAAGCA